AAUUGCUGUCUUGUGCGGUCGGUCGUUUCUCGUCUCCGCCGCGAUCCGCUCUGAUCUGCUCCACAUUGCCUGGCCAAAGCAGUCGCAAGUGGUUCCCUCGUUUGGAUCGCCUAUAUAGCCCCCGAUAUUCGUGCACAUUUUCCAGCAGUGGGGAAAUUGCAGGAUGGCGGUGCCCGUUUUCAAAUCGGUGCCAUGUGUCGGGCUCUAACUCUGCCCUAUUGUGACCCCAUUUGAUAUGCAUACGUGUGUGUGUGCUUGUGUUUGUGUUUGCUUCUUGGCCAUUUAACGAUUAGUGGCUAUAACGCCUGAGUGUUUGUUUAUUUUGCUGCGCGACCGCAAAGGCGAUUCCAAAAAUGAUUGCAUAAUUGACUUGUGGGGACAAUUCGCGCGAGACGCACCACACAUUUCGACUUCGACUUCGAUUUCGAUUCCUAUUUCGUUUGUGAUUCCAAGUGUCCAAGAUGAAGAAGCUGCAUCUGGGGGCCAAGCUCAAGGGCAAGUCCUACAAGCCCUUUAGGAACAAGAACCGUCGGGGUUCUGCCGACUCGAACUACUCACAACCGUCAUCCGAUCUGUCGCUAGACGAGGAAAAGGAAUCGCUUCGGCGAGAAAAGGAACGUCAGGCCUUAAGCCAGUUGGAUAAAGCGAGGAGCAAACCAGUGGCGUUCGCUGUGCGAACCAACGUAGCAUACGAUGGCGCCAUCGACGACGAUUCCCCGGUGCAGGGCGGCGCAGUUUCGUUCGAGAUCCGGGAGUUCCUGCACAUCAAAGAGAAGUACGACAAUAACUGGUGGAUCGGCCGGCUGGUCAAGGAGGGCUGUGAUGUGGGCUUCAUACCCAGCCCCGCUAAGCUAGACAACAUUCGCAUGCAGAACCAAACCAGACCCUCAAGACUGUAUGGCACAAAGGGCUCGUCGAGCGGGAAUCUUGGUGCGGGCGGACAAGCAGGUGCGGAGCCAUCUCGAGAUUCCAUGGGACCAGGACGACAUGGCAAGACCCCGGUGGCGGCGGCCAACAAGGAGAAGCGCAAGCCGUUCUUCAAGAAGCAGGAGACGGCCAGUCCCUACGACGUGGUGCCCUCGAUGCGCCCGGUGGUCCUAGUGGGGCCCAGUCUCAAGGGCUACGAGGUGACCGACAUGAUGCAGAAGGCCCUCUUCGACUUCCUCAAGCACCGCUUCGAGGGCCGCAUCAUCAUCACCCGGGUGAUGGCCGACAUCUCGCUGGCCAAGCGCUCCAUCAUGAACAAUCCCUCGAAGCGGGCCAUCAUGGAGCGAUCCUCCAGCCGGAGCGACUGCCUCGGCAAGGUGCAGGAGGAGAUCGAGCGGAUCUUCGAGCUGGCCCGCUCGCUCCAGCUGGUCGUGCUCGAUUGUGAUACAAUCAAUCAUCCGUCACAACUAGCGAAAACUUCAUUAGCGCCAACAGUAGUGUACUUAAAGAUUAGUAGUAGUAAGGUUUUACAGCGUUUGAUCAAAUCACGUGGCAAGUCGCAGGCGAAAAACCUCUCCGUUCAAAUGGUCGCCGCCGAGAAGCUAGCCCAAUGUCCACCGGAUAUGUUCGAUGUAAUCCUAGACGAGAAUCAGCUGGAAGACGCCUGCGAGCACAUUGCCGAGUACUUGGAGACCUACUGGAAGGCCACCCACCCGGAUAUACGAGCAGUGCCGCCCAUCGCCCGCCCCCUGCCGCAGGAGGCCUCGCCCUCCGCCGAUCCCGCGCGUCUGGGUCCGACGCCUCCAGUAGAUGGCGAGGAGUUUAUCGAUGAGCAGGAUCCCAGGAUGGGCAUCUCCGGCGGAGAGCGCGAGGGAAGUCGGGAGAGAGAUCGCGAUCGCGAUAGCAGGGAGAGGGAGCGGGAGCGCGAGAGGGAGCGGGAUUACUGGGAUCGGGAGUUCAACCGAGAUCGCAGCUCCAAGGAUCGCGAGAGGGACCUCGAGUGGGAGCGGGAGAGGGCUCGCGAGUGGGAGAGAGAGCGGGAACGAGAUUGGGAUAGGGAGUUCGAUUGGGACCAAGGAGGAACCUCUUACCAGCACAGCCGCCGACAACCGACCUCAGUUCGCCACCAGGAGCGCGGUGGUGGCGUGGGCGCCGGCGGCGGAGGCGGUGGUGGCGGCGGCGGCGGUGGCUACGAGCGGGACCGCGAGCGGGAGCGGUACGAGCGGCGAGAGCGGGACCUCAUGCACUACGACAUGAACAGCGACGAGCUGCUGGACGAGCGCAACUUCGAGUAUCCCGCGAUGCGGAGCGGUCCCAGCGGCGCCUCCCACCACGGCCACCUGUCCAGGGGCGGACGCCUGCUGGACGAUCCGGACUUUGAGCGCGAGGAGGCCCAGAUGAGAAUGAGCAGCUCCCGCUACGGACCCUCCACCCGGAUCGACGACCCCCGGGAUCUGCCGCGGGGCGCCACCGUUGUCGAUCGCGAUGAAUACAGUCCGCACAGAGGUGGUGGGAGUAGUAGGAGAAUGCUUAAUGCCAUGUCCAGACCACUGGGCCUUCCCCGCCAAUCCUCCCUGCCCAGCAACCGGGCACCCGUGUCCUACCUGCCACGCCAGUCCUCCCUGGGCACCCACUGGCUCUCCUCCUCCUCCCAGAGCACCCUGGAGCCGGGAGUGCGAUCUCGCCAAGAGCUUUAUCCACUGCUGCACCAGCCGCAGUCGUAUCCCCAGGCCCGAUCCCACUAUACCCACUCGUACACGGCCGCACCCCAACACCCCCACAGUCAGUCGCGCUCCCACACCCACUCCCAGUAUCGCUACUCCGUGCAGGACACGUCCUUCGCCCACCCACCUAGAUCCCUGCGCGAGGAGUUCCUCAGUCCCACCAUGAGCAAGGUCGAGGCUGUCACGCACGCCAUCCGCAACAAGAUCAUCGUGGAGGAGGACGAGGAGGAUAUCCUGAGCACGGAUCGGUUCUAUUAAAGAGAUUUCAGUCGCCACCCCGCGUCGAUUUGGUUUGGGUAACUUUUUAGGGGGCAAGAAAGCAAAUGCAGCAGUGCCAAAACACACGACACAUUUGUAAAUGUUCCAUUCGAUGAUCAGAUCAAUUUGGUAGGCACACAAUCCACACUCCACAAACACGAACAGAAACAGAAACACACAAAGUAGCUGGUUAAAGUUGAAGUGAGCGUUAAAGCGGCGGUUAAAGCAAACGUUAAAGCAAACCAAGGAAGCAGCCCAAUGCCAAGUGGGGCCUUAUGUGUCUUAAAUGCUAUAGCUAAGUGUAAUCAGAUUUUAUUUGAAUAAUGUGAAUUUAAAUUAAAUGGUCUAAGCCUAAGAUUUAAGCUAGUCAACAGUUGAAAAUUAAAAGUUAAGGGAGUCCGCAGCCACCCAGCAACAUUUGUUGGUCCCCCAAUGGGUCUCGUAUUUGUUAUGCAAUUGAUUGACUAAGUACAUAAAUAAGUGUCAGCUUUAAUAAUUUAGUGAACGUGUCUUAAUCUAAGUCGAGCCACACAAACACACUCGAACACACAACACACACACACUCCGUUGACUGUGAACCGAUUGAAAUCUCUUUAAUCUCAAACCGAUGCCUUUUUCUCGCAUCCAUCCUAUUCUUCCUCUACACAGAAUUCAAGUCUUGAUACUUUCUUCAGCCCAUCUGCUAGGCAUUCUUCUAGUUGAAAAUAAACCACGUAAGACCACAGUGCGUUUCAAAGCUAGUAAAUUAAAAUAAAUAAUUUAAAUUAUAUCCUAACAUCAUUUUAAUAACUCAAUUGGUUUUGUUUAUCUUUUUAGUACAAUCAUUCAUAAAAUGAUUUUACUUAAUAUCUAAAUUUGGUGACUGAUUAAAAAUUGUAUCUUCCAGGAAUAUUAGUUUCACAUCUUAACCUUAGUCUUAACCUUGUCAUAUUCAACUUAAUUUUAACUUUGGCAGACCUUGAAUUUUGUAUAAGUAAUUAUUUUAGCUUAAAUGAAACGCACUGUCUAGCAAGCACAUGCAUGUGUAGACUUCCUUCUUCCAACAGCAAUACUUUCGACCUAGAUACCUUGUCACACCAUAUCAUGCCACACACCUGCCAAAGCGCACAGUUCGCGAUUGCAGUUCAAAAUUGAAGUUGGAUUGCUCGUGAACAGGCCUCCAACCUGGGUCGCGAUCGAAAUAAAGAUCACUGCGAUGACCCAGGUUUGGGUAUAGCGAUUUAAACUACCAGUGCCUUAUAAACCAUCAAAUCGAGUUACACAGCCGCACUCCACCCCUGAAAUCUUCCAUUUCCCCGCCCAAAACAAGAACAUCCUGUUCACAUAUACCAACCGCUAAAAAGUCGACUGCGUCAAAAUUAUUGUUCAAGUAUUGUAAGUACCUACACGUAAUGUCGAGAUGAGAAACGUUGAUCUGGCCCAUUCCGAACGAGCACUCCUUUUACAAUUCCAACCACCAUGCUAAAUUUGUCGAUCAUUAGUUGUCGAACUGAGCUAGCGCCCAACAAUGAUGAACCGCACUGCAUUCAAAUCGAUCGCCACCUCGAGUAAGAGUUGAUGAGUAGCUAGUUGAUCUGUAAGCACACCCACAGAACCCAUCCUACUGUCCAAGGACUACAGCCGAAUCCUCGCGGGGAGUGUUAGACUUCCGGGCGGACAGAGUUGGUAGUUCGGUGUUGGGGACAGGAAAUAAAAGCAAAUCUAGUACUUUUUUAUAUAAGAGAUACAAGGUGAUAUAACUAAAUUUUGGAAAGCAAAUUUGAACAGCGCACGACAAAUACAGAUACCUUAAAAAAAUUGUUAGCAACAUUCACGAGGGGAAAGGUUUAGAAAUUAGGCAAGGCAUUUUCCCAAACUAAUUUCAAAAUAUACAGCUCUGGAGAACGAAUGCCUUUCCCUGAGGGAAAAUGGAUGGGGUUUUGGCCAAGGCACUGGAGGCGCUUUAACGAGGAACAACAAAUUGAAAAAUAAUGGAAAGCAACACACGACACGCAAGCACUUCUUGUAAAAAGUGGCAAACAAAAAUGAUCUAUGUAUUAGCUAAACCUAAAUGAAAUAUUACUUUUUAAUACUAGCAUAAAGUUAAAAACAAAACUAGAUACGCUCCUUCGCAGCCAAGGAGGGGACAAACGGAAUACUUAAGUUUAGAAGAUCAGUUGAUGGGAAUGUGUAUUUUAGAGUAUUGCACAUAAUUCACAGAACUGGUAAUUCAAUAUAUGAUAAUGGUAUAUAUUAAAAAGAUACACACAUUUAUAAAAGUACAUAUACAUUUAUACAUGAAUAUGUAUGUUCUUACUAUAAUUAACAAAAUUUAAACCGAUACAGAUACAUCAGCCGGCAUUUUGUAAGCGUGAAAACGAAAAUAUGGAAAUAAUAAUAUGGAAUUAAAAUAAUAGAUUAUCCCAGAUAUUGUUAAAUACUUUCUGGAAACGGAAAGGCGAACUUUGCCAUGAAAAUUUCUUCAGAUCUGUUAGGAAUAUGUUGGAGUUAUUUUGUAAGAUGCCUUAAAUUUCUCAACUCAAAUUCUUUGAAAGGUUCGGAAAACUAAACUUGAUAAAUUCAUAUAUUCCAUUACAUAACCUUCUAGCAGAUGGACAAAAAGUCUCAAUACAUUUUUGAAAAAAAACAGGUUUGCUUCUAAUAUAUAGCAAUUUUUUUGUAAUAAUCAAAUCUUAUUUCCGAUUAAAAACAAAUGAAAACAAAAACCAAGCAAUUUAAAUUUGUUGACACUCUUAAAAACUAAAAGAAACACACACAUGCAAACAAAUUUUAUAGCGAGAAUACUGAAUCUUUAAAGAGGAUACGCCUAUAUAUAAUUAAAUUUAGCGGUAAUAACUUCUAUACUUUUCAAGCCACUUUAAUAAAAAGCAAACCUUAUUUUUUAGCCUAAAUCCCUUAUUAAACUUAAAAAGAAAGUGAACAAAUUAACAAGAGCACGCCUGAGAAUCCCCUAUUCAAUAUUAUUAACCAAAGGAUCCCGACAUUGAAUAACCCAGAGAAAAAAACGCAAACUAAUUGUGGAAACAUCAACCCAAGUCCAAAUUUAUAUAGAAUAUUUUAUACAAGGCAAAACAUAUACAUAUUGUAAAAAACGAGAAACAGUAACUAAAACCCAAUCAGCAAUUUCCAAGAAUUGUAUGUAAAUAGUUUAUGAUAUUUCAAUUGUUACCAAAUUAUUUUGUUACGAACUUUGUAAUAUUCCUCUAAUUUAAUGGUAUGAUGGAUGAUCUUCUGCAAUCUCUUCAGCCAAGUUUUGUUGUUUUUGUUUCCAUUUUCCGCAUUCAAAUGUUGUUCACAAUAUGUUUUUGGAAAAUACGUAGUUAAAUGAAAGCUAAAUUGCAAAUAAAAGCAAAUACAAUAAAAAUAUUGAAAAUAAA